GGCGGGAGCGCCGGGCGCCGAGGGUGCGAGGACCCGGCCAGCAGCGGGUUAAGCGCCUCCCGCGCCGAGAGGGCUGAGCCCCAGCCGCCGCUCCGAGCUCGCAUUCGGAUCCGCUAGAGCAAGAAGAUGGCGACCGACGGCGCGAGCUGCGAGCCCGACUUGUCCCGCGCCCCGGACGACUCGGCAGGGUCCAUGACGGAGGCGGCGAAAAAAGAGUUUGAUGUGGACACCCUCAGUAAAUCAGAGCUACGGAUGCUCCUCAGUGUGAUGGAAGGGGAACUAGAGGCAAGAGACCUCGUCAUUGAGGCCCUGCGGGCUCGCAGGAAGGAGGUAUUUAUCCAGGAACGGUAUGGGAGAUUUAAUCUAAAUGACCCCUUCCUGGCACUUCAGAGAGACUAUGAAGCCGGUGCUGGUGACAAAGAGAAACCAGUCUGUACCAACCCGCUCUCCAUCCUUGAAGCUGUCAUGGCCCACUGCAGAAAAACACAAGAAAGGAUGUGCACACAGCUGGCCGCUGCUGAGAGCAGGCAGAAGAAGCUGGAGAUGGAAAAGCUCCAGCUCCAGGCCCUUGAACAGGAGCACAAGAAGCUGACUGCCCAUCUGGAGGAGGAGCGGGGCAAGAACAAGCACGUGGUCCUGAUGCUGGUCAAGGAGUGUAAGCAGCUCUCUGGGAAGGUUGUAGAGGAAGCCCAGAAGCUGGAAGAAGUCAUAGAGAAACUGGAGGAGGAAAAGAAAAAGACAAACGAAUUAGAAGACCGGCUUUCUACAGAGAAGCGGAGAAGCACAGAAAUGGAAGCUCAGCUGGAGAAACAACUCUCUGAGUUUGAUACAGAACGGGAACAGCUGCGUGCCAAGCUGAACCGAGAAGAAGCACACACCACUGACCUCAAAGAGGAGAUAGACAAAAUGAAGAAAAUGAUCGAGCAGCUGAAAAGAGGAAAUGAUAGCAAACCAGGCAUCGCCCUCCCUCGGAAGACGAAAGAUAGGCGUCUGGUUUCCAUAUCUGUGGGGACAGAAGGGCCUAUGACAAAGUCUGUUGCUUGCCAGACAGACCUAGUGGCAGAAAGUGCUGAACCUGUGAAGAAAUUGCCUUUGACUGUACCCCUAAAACCUUCUACAGGAAAUCCUCUAGUUCCUGCAAACACAAAAGCCAAUGUGUGUCCUAGCGUUCCGCAGGUUAGAUCAGGUAUUGAGAGGCAGGCUUCCCAUGGUGACUUGGUCUCCUCUCUACCUACUCCCUCACCUCCAAGUGCAAACACAAUUGAGGAAAAUGGACCAAGCCCAGGCUCCACCCCAGAUCUGUCAAGUAGCACACCCCCAGUCCCCAGCACCACUGCUCAGACACCGGGCACAGCUCCCCAGAACCACUCACAAGCUCCCCCUGUGCACAGUUUACAUUCACCGUGUGCCAAUGCACCUUUGCAUCCAGGUCUCAACCCACGAAUCCAAGCAGCUAGAUUUAGAUUUCAAGGAAAUGCGAAUGACCCAGACCAGAAUGGAAAUACCACCCAAAGUCCUCCCUCAAGAGAUGUCUCUCCUACAAGUCGUGACAACCUAGUGGCCAAGCAGCUAGCUCGAAAUACUGUGACCCAAGCACUGUCAAGAUUCACAAGCCCUCAAGCAAGUGCUCCCCCAAGGCAUGGAGCACCUCCAGCAGGGGAUGCUGGUACCUACCCACCAGUUGGUCGAACUGGUUUAAAGACUCCUGGGGUAGCACGAGUUGACAGAGGAAAUCCUCCUCCUAUCCCCCCCAAAAAGCCAGGGCUUUCCCAGACUCCUUCUCCACCACAUCCCCAACUCAGGGCCUCCAAUACAGGGGCCAAAGUCGAUAACAAAAUUGUGGCUUCACCUCCCUCCAGUUUGCCACAAGGGACCAGGGUAAUAAAUGAGGAGAGCCUCCCUAAAUCAUCCUCCCCUCAGCUGCCACCAAAACCAUCCAUAGAUAUAACUGUGGCACCCGCAGGCUGUACCGUUUCAGCCCUGGCCACGUCUCAGAAAAUACAAAAGGUAAAAUGUACCAGAGAGGAGCCUUCUUGCUGGUCACCCUCCCUAACCCCUUUGCUAAUGAGUGGUGGUCCUGCCCCCCUGGCUGGCAGGCCCACCCUUCUUCAGCAAGCUGCUGCCCAGGGAAAUGUCACUUUAUUAUCAAUGCUGCUUAAUGAAGAAGGACUGGACAUAAAUUACUCCUGUGAAGAUGGCCAUUCUGCCUUGUAUUCUGCUGCUAAGAAUGGACAUACAGACUGUGUGCGAUUGCUGCUGAAUGCAGAAGCCCGAGUCGAUGCUGCUGAUAAAGUUGGCUUCACACCCUUGUGUUCUGCAGCUGCUCAGGGACAUUUUGAGUGUGUAAAAUUACUAACUGCAUAUGAUGCCAACAUUAAUCAUGCUGCUGCUGGAGGACAGACACCUCUAUACCUGGCCUGUAAAAAUGGAAAUAAAGAAUGUAUUAAAUUCCUACUAGAAGCUGGCACUGACCGGAGUUUAAAAACCAGAGAUGGCUGGACACCAGUUCAUGCAGCUGUGGACACUGGUAAUGUGGACAGCCUCAAGCUUCUGAUGUACCAUAGAGCACCAGCUCAUGGAAACUCUUUGAGUGCAGAGGAACCCAAGACAGGCCUGUUUGCCUUGGAUGGAGGAGAAGAGCACCCUGCAGGCACAUCUAAGCCUGUGGUUUCUGCAGACCUCAUUAACCACGCUGACAGAGAAGGCUGGACUGCUGCCCAUAUUGCUGCUUCCAAAGGUUUCAAGAACUGCCUAGAAAUCUUGUGUAGGCAUGGAGGGCUAGAGCCGGAAAAGAGAGACAAGUGCAAUCGGACUGUGCAUGAUGUUGCCACUGAUGACUGCAAGCAUUUGCUGGAGAAUCUGAACGCUCUUAAAAUACCCUUAAGGAUUUCCAUGGGUGAGAUUCAGCCAGGCAACGAUGGUUCUGAUGACUUUGAAUGUGAAAACACAGUAUGUGUCUUAAAUAUCCGCAAACAGACAUCAUGGGAUGAUUUUUCAAAAGCAGUGAGUCAAGCUCUGACAAAUCAUUUCCAAGCAAUCUCUUCUGAUGGAUGGUGGAGUCUGGAAGAUGGAACAUUUAAUAACACUAGUGACUCCAGCAUCGGCCUUGGCACAAGCAGUGUACAAUCCAUCAACCUAGGAAAUAUGUCAUGGUCAGCUGCUCAGAGCCUCUCCCAGUGCCCAUGGGACUUCAUGAAGAAGAAAAAGGUGGAACAGGUCACUGCGCUUUUGUCAGGUCCCCAAGAAGGCUGCCUCAGUAGUGUGACUUACGCAUCCAUGAUCCCACUUCAGAUGCUACAGAACUACCUCAGGCUGGUUGAACAAUAUCAUAACGUCAUUUUCCAUGGCCCAGAAGGAAGCUUGCAAGACUAUAUAGCACAUCAGCUUGCUCUCUGCAUCAAGAACAGACAGUUGGCUGCAGGAUUCUCCUGUGAAAUAGUGAGAGCUGAGGUGGAUCCAGGUUUCUCCAAGGAACAGCUAGUUGACCUGUUCAUCAGUAGUGCUUGUCUGAUCCCUGUGAAACAACCUCCCAUUAAGAAGAAAAUAAUCAUCAUCUUAGAAAAUUUGGAAAAAUCUUCAUUGUCUGAAUUAUUGGGGGACUUUUUAGCACCUCUGGAAAACCACAGCACUGAAAGUCCAUGGACUUUCCAAAAAGGAAAUGGAACAUCUGAAUGCUAUUACUUCCAUGAGAACUGCUUUCUGAUGGGAACCAUUGCCAAGGCCUGUCUCCAGGGCUCCGACCUGCUGGUGCAGCAGCACUUCCGCUGGGUUCAGCUGCGGUGGGAUUGCGAGCCCAUGCAAGGACUGCUGCAAAGAUUUUUACGCAGGAAAGUUGUGACAAAGUUCAGAGGUCAGUUGCCCUCACCCUGUGAUCCUGUAUGCAAGAUCGUCGACUGGGCUCUGUCUGUCUGGAGGCAGCUCAAUUCCUGCCUGGCUCGCUUGGGUACAACAGAAGCACUUCUUGGACCAAAGUAUUUCCUGUCUUGUCCAGUAGUCCCUGGACACACUCAAGCAACAGUGAAGUGGAUGUCUAAGCUGUGGAAUGCCAUAAUUGCACCUAGAGUUCAAGAAGCAAUAUUGUCCAGAGCCUCUGUGAAAAAACAACCUGGUCUUGGGCAGACAGCUGCUAAGAAGCACCCCAGUCAAGGACAGCAGGCUGUGGUGAAGGCUGCUCUCAGCAUCUUGCUUAAUAAAGCCGUUCUGCAUGGCUGUCCCCUUCCAAGGGCAGAGCUAGACCAGCAUCUAGCUGACUUCAAAGGGGGAAGUUUCCCUCUGUCCAUAGUUUCAAGCUACAGCAAGAAGAAAGGAGAGAGUGGAGCCUGGAGAAAGGUAAACACCAGCCCUCGCAAGAAGCCUGGGCGGUUCUCCUCACCCACCUGGAACAAGCCGGACCUGAAGCAAGAAAGUAUAAAAAAGACUAUACCACAGCCAAACUGUAACAGGAACACUUCUCUGUCAAAGCAAAAGUCCUUAGAGAACGAUCUCUCAUUGACAUUGACUUUAGAUCAUAGACUCUCUCUGGGUUCAGAUGAUGAAGCAGAUCUUGUCAAGGAACUUCAGAGUAUGUGCUCCAGCAAAUCAGAAUCUGAUAUAAGCAAGAUUGCUGAUUCCAGAGAUGACAUAAGGAGGUUUGAUAGUCCAAGAAACAGCCCUACACUUUCAGCACCUGUUAAUCCCAGAAUGCCAGGGCCACAGAAGGAGGCCAGUCCUCUCAGCAGCCAUCAAACUACCGAAUGCAGCAACAACAAAUCAAAGACUGAGUUGGGUGUCUCAAGAGUUAAAUCUUUCCUUCCUGUUCCUAGAAGUAAAGUCGCCCAGUGUUUCCAAAACACCAAAAGAAGCAGCAGCAGCAGUAAUACAAGGCAACUAGAAAUCAAUAACAACUCCAAAGAAGAGAAUUGGAACUUACACAAACAUGAACAAGUAGAAAAAUCUAACAAAUAGGCCUGCCUACACCAUUAUCACUUUGAACCUCUUCUGUAUAUGCCAUACAGUAUCCAAGGAUAACAAGAUGUAAAUACCUUCAAACAAAAAUGUUUUCAUUGUAAAAUGAAGUAUAAAUGCGGGACCACUAUUCAAUUAUUUGUAAAGAAUGUAUUUAUAGCCUAACAUCUUUUUUUUCUGUUAAUUCUGUAGGAUUGAAUUUCAAAACCAUGAAAGUAUGACAACUUUCCAAGUAGUUUUCUAAUAAAAACAUUGUAAUAGUUUUAAUAAAAAUGUUCAGGGGUAUUAAAACAGAAAUUUAUGUGUACUGUAGAUUGUUUUCUGUACAUGUGUAUAUUUAAAGAAGUCCACAAAUCAUACUGCAUACAUGUAUACAACACUGGCUUAGGUAACAUAUAUCAUUUUGAAGAGAGAUCAUAAUUUUAUGUUCACCUGAUGGGGAGUGACUCAAAAGGGGCAAUAACAAAGCAUUUAUAAACAGUUAUUUUCCAUUAAAAGCCAUAUGAAAUAUUUUGCCUGUUAAAAUUCUAGUUUUACAUUUUGAGUCUUUUAGUGGUUACAUUGCCAUUGGGGUGCAUCAUGUACAUACUUAUGCUUAUGGGUUUGCAUCAUGACUCUUGUAAAAUAUGAAAUUAUAAUGCAAUAAAAGUGUUAUCUUUCUUACAAAAUUUUUGUACCUAAGUGGAUAUAAAAGUUACCUGCAUAAAGGAGUCAAUAAAUGCAUUUGGAGUCAACUCCUUCAAUGUAUUUCUAAUAGCACACUGAUAAUAAAAUUGAUAUUUUCUAGUCUUUCUUCUAAAAUUACUGGUGAAAUUACUUAUUCAACUCACAGUUACAAUGCUUUGAAGCCAAAUAAAAUAUUGAAUUAGUGAAAUAAUUUCGCUGUAUUUUCUACAUAUAGCUCUCAGUUACUCAUCUGUGCAACAGGUUUGUGUCCCAUAUAGGAAUGUUCAUAAAACUCAUCCUCAGUGCUGUUAUUUCAUUAACUCUACACACACAACU